AGUACAGUUGAUAAAGACAUGCUAACCCUCUUCCAAAACACCUGGAGUCAUCGCCUCAUUUUCGACACCAAGAUGGGAACCUCCGUGUUUAUGAUAUAUAUCCUGCUGGUGAUAUCCGCAUGUAUCAACUCUUCAAGUGAAAGUACAAGCACCGUAUCAAGUAGUCCAACAUCAGCAUCCACAGACUCGACAGACAACUCACCAUCUGCGGGUGCGACAGACAGCUCAUCAUCUGCGGGUGUGACAGCCAGCUCAGCACCCACAGGCUCAACAGACAGCUCAUCACUCACAGGCUCCACAGACAGCUCAGCACCCACAGGCUCAACAGACAGCACAGCAGCCACGGGUUCGACAGACAGCUCAUCAUCUGCGGGUGCGACAGACAGCUCAUCAUCUGCGGGUGCGACAGACAGCUCAUCAUCUGCGGAUGCGACAGCCAGCUCAGCAGCCACGGGUUCGACAGACAGCUCAUCAUCUGCGGGUGUGACAGACAGCUCAUCAUCUGUGGGUGCAACAGCCAGCUCAGCACCCACAGGCUCAACAGACAGCACAGCAGCCACGGGUUCGACAGACAGCUCAUCAUCUGCGGGUGCGACAGACAGCUCAUCAUCUGCGGGUGCGACAGACAGCUCAUCAUCUGCGGAUGCGACAGCCAGCUCAGCAGCCACGGGUUCGACAGACAGCUCAGCAGCCACAGACUCGACAGGCAGCUCAUCAUCUGCGGGUGUGACAGACAGCUCAUCAUCUGUGGGUGCGACAGACAGCUCAGCAGCCACGGGCUCGACAGACAGCUCAGCACCCACAGGUUCGACAGACAGCUCAGCACCCACAGGUUCGACAGACAGCCUGGCACCCACGGAUUCUACAGACAGCUCAGCAUCCACAGGUUCGACAGACAGCUCAGCACCCACAGGUUCGACAGAGAGCUCAGCACCCACAGGUUCGACAGACAGCUCAGCACCCACAGGUUCGACAGACAGUACGGCAUCCACUGAUUCCACAGACAGUACAGUGUCGGGCGCUGUGGAGAGCAGUAGUCCCCAUUCUACGUCAACCCUACCUCCAACAACACAAGCCCCUCCUGCAUCAACGUCCUUUCCCGUCAAGAAGCCUUCUCUUGAUGGCGCCAAGUAUGAACUUCAUUUUACAGUUUCUGUAGAAGCAGAGUAUAUUGAAGCAUUAAAACUGGUUGGAAAAUUAACAGAUGAAAUUACAAAAGCUUUUGGCUCUGUAGAGGGCUUCUUCAAAGUGACGAUUCUCCCGGAAGCACCUACUAAUGCCCGUAGACGAAAAAGAGCCACAUCGUCGACAACUAUGAACUGUAACGCGGCAUUUAACGCCUCGGAUGUUUAUACGACAAAUACGACUGUAGCUAAACAGUUGGGGGAUAACUUGAAGGUUGCCAUGAACAAUGUCCCCAAACCAUAGAUGGUGUCACAUGGAAAGAAGAUCCAGAGUUCAACAGUCUUGUAAAUGAUUUUACAAACACACUAGGAGACCUCUGCGAGGCGGUCGGGAAUGAUGUAUGUUCUUUCAAUCAGGUCUGUGAUAAAACGAAUCAACUCUGCUACCAUCGUUGUGAGUUCCUAAACUGUGGGGACCAUGGAGAAUGU